UUUUUGCAGAGACUUGUUUCCUGUCCUGAUCUCGUCACUGAAGAGGCUGGAGAAAGUCAGGAAGGACGAGCGCAUUUCUCUUAUUCCUGGCAGAUCACAGAGCAGAGCUGAGAAUAUGGAGGUGACCGGCCAUUCUCUCCUCACGCACAUCCUUGUCGCCCUCUUUGGGAUGGGCUCCUGGGUGUCUGUAAACUCCUUGUGGGUGGAGCUUCCGGUUGUGGUGAAUGAGCUCCCAGAAGGAUGGAACCUCCCGGCAUACCUGACAAUGCUCAUCGCCUUUGGGAACAUUGGGCCUCUGGCUGUCACUCUUGCUCACCGCUUCUGUCGACCCGGUGGUAUCUCAGAGCCAUGGCUAAUUCGCUCCAUACAAGUACUGAGCCUGCUAGCUGCUGCCUUCCUGGCACUGUUCUGGAAUCGUCGUGUAGUGGUGGGCGGCGAGGAGCAUGCUGUGCCGUACCUUCUCCUGGCAUACCUGCUGGCACUGGGCUGCUGCACAUCUAAUGUCACCUUCCUGCCCUUCAUGUAUAGCUUCCCACAGCAGUAUGUGCGAAGCUUCUUCAUCGGGCAGGGCCUUAGCGCCCUCUUCCCGUGCGUGCUGGCACUGGGCCAGGGAGUAGGGCGGCUGGAGUGCAGAAAUUCCACAUCUGGAAAUGGCACUGAACCCAUCUACCUGAAGGAGAACUUCUCUGCCUCCUCCUACUUCUGGGGCCUCUUCUCACUACUUAUAGUCUCUGCGCUCUCAUUCGCAAUCCUGAUAUUCUGGCGACAAAGAGUUGCAAAGGAACCAGGGCAGGAACUUGGGGCAUCAGGUGUCCCCCAAGAUGGUAACGGCUCUGAGGACUCCUACCCCCUGAGGACGCCGGAGCAGGAGAAGCCUCAAGACACAGCCAGGGUGGUGGGGCAAACGUUCUGGACCUCACGGAAUAUCUACCUGCUUGUCCUGUUGGGACUGUCCAACGCCCUGACCAAUGGUGUCCUCCCCUCAGUACAGACUUACAGCUGCCUGCCCUAUGGAGCUGACGCAUAUCACCUUUCUGUCGUCCUUAGCAACAUCGCCAACCCAGCCGCCUGCUUUAUCGCCAUGUGUGUUUUGUGCAGGUCCUCUCUGGGCCUCGGGGUGAUCAUGGCGGUGGGCGUUGUGUUCGGGGGUUAUCUGAUGGCCCUGGCCGCUCUCAGUCCAUGCCCUCCCCUGUUGGGAAGCACAGCGGGUGUAGCCUUGGUGGUUUUGUCUUGGUCUCUCUUUUUGGGUCUCCUGUCGUACCUGAAGGUGGUGAUUGGCAGCCUUCUCCAUGAAGCUGGGCACAGCGCCCUCCUGUGGUGUGGUGCUGUCAUCCAGGCCGGUUCUCUACUGGGGGCCCUAGUAAUGUUCCCCAUGGUCAGUGUCUACCACCUGUUCCAGAGCGGCAGAGACUGUGAAGACAGCUGCUCCCUGUGAGAAGGUUGUCCUGUGCCUGCCCAUGAGGAGGUUGUUCUGAUCCUGCCCAUGAGGAGGUUGUCCUGUGCCUGCUUUAUGUGGAGGUUGUCUUGUUCCUGCACUUGUAUUGUGUCUUCUUUCUCAGGAUCUUUUUAUAAGAGUAAAAUUCAACUUUUC